AUGAGAAACUGCAAUGCUAAACGAGAUGGCCUCUACUCUGGUGACAAAACCCCUGCUGAAGUGAAAGAUUUACAUAGCAGAAUUUUGGUUGCAAUACGAAGUGCCGAAACAAUCUCGGAAAGAAUUGAAAAACUGAGGGAUGAAGAGUUGCAGCCACAACUUAUAGAGCUUCUACAUGGCCUAACGAGGAACUGGAAGAUAAUGAUGGAAUCACAUGAAACCCAAAACCGAAUCAUGUUCGAAGCUACUUCUUUCAACUAUCCUACUUAUGGAAAGUUUUGUAACGACUCUCACCGUGUUACCACACUUCAGCUUGUGGCAGAACUUCAUAAUUGGAGCUCUUGCUUUGUUGCAUAUUUAUCUGCACAGAAGGCAUACGUUGAAGCUCUCAGUGGGUAGCUUUCCAAGUUCAU